GUAUCUUAUGUUUGUUAUGUUGUCAAGUUUGCUUGUGUUUUGUAACCAGCAAUAAAACCAAAAGUGAAAUGAAACGCUCACCUAAGUUUGAGUCAGACCGUCUACGAAAUAAGCCAGAGAAAAAAGUCGCUCCUCCUUGGUGAGGGGCUUUUCUGAGGGAUUCCUGAGCAAUACUGUCUUCAACAUCAUGGAAGGCCGUCCAGCUGCUUGUUGUGGGUUGGGAGCAAAACGGAGCAAAUCCCAACUGCCCAAAAGAAGAAUCGCCAUCAUUGGACAAACUGGAGCAGGGAAAAGCAGCCUUGGAAACACCAUAUUUAAAGAAAAGAAGUUCAACGUCAACCAUGACGUGGAUCCUGGGAUCAGAGGAUGUGAAGCAAAGACCAAACGUGUUGGUGGGAGAGAAAUCACUCUGAUCGAUAUGCCUGGUUUAUUUGAUCCAGGGAAAGAUGAGAAAGAGCUGAAGGCUGAGUUACUGAAAGGAAUCACAGAGUGUUCGCCUGGGCCUCACGCUUUCCUCAUCGUGCUCAACGUGGAGAAAUCUACCCAGAAAGAUGACGACAUCGUCAGCAAAAUGAAUGAGCAGUUCUCUGAGGAAGUGUUUAAAUAUUCAACUGUUGUCUUUACUCACGGUGACCGGCUCCCGAGACGGCAACAAACCCAAGGGUUUGUGAAGGAAAACGAGUUCCUUGGCGAUUUAGUAGAAAAGUGUGGAAAUCGCUGCCACGUCGUAGACAACAAACGCUGGAACAAGCGAUCGAAGUACGGAUACAGAAGCAACCGGUAUCAGGUGAAGAGACUGCUCAAGUCAAUAGAGAAGACGGUGGAAGAAAAUGACGGGAGCUUCUACACCAAUGCCAUGCUGCAAAAAAUAGAGGAGAAUAUCAAAAAAGAAGAAGAAAACAUUGCAAAGUCUUCCAGAAACAUACCAGAGGAAAAAAUCAGAGAGACGGCUAAAGAAAGGACGUAUGAUGAUUUCUUAAACAGGCUGGCAGGCAUCACUGUUGGUGCUUUUUUAGGAGCCGCUUUUGGUUCAGCAGUAGCUGUGUCAGUGGUUGUCGCAUUGCUGGCAACAACUGUUAGAGUCCUCGCCUCUGCAACCAAAUCAUGGAGUGCAACGUUUACAAAACCAGCCUUACAUGCAACAGCAAGCGCAGCACCAGAUAAAACAGGGGAAGCAGAAAAAGAAGCAAAUGUAGCAGCAGAAGCAGGAGACCCACCAGCAGCGACGGCGGUGGAAAAAGCAGCAGAUACAGCAGCAGCAGAAAAGGUGGCAACAGCAGAAGAGGGAAAAUCAGCAGAAGUAGCUGGAAAAAUUGGAGGAGCGUCGUCACAAAUAGGAGGAGCUUUAAGACUAGUAGUGGGUGCGGCUACAGCAGCGGGAGCGUUUUUGGGGGGUGUGACAGGAUAUAACGCAGCAGAAAAUGUAAAAACUCCAUGGGAAGCAGCAGAGAAGGCGGCUCAGGCUGUGUCAGCUUCAGGAUUUACAGCCAUAGAGAAAUCUCAGAAUUUGGCAUCAGAUCUUGUUAAAGCAGUGGUUAAACCAUUGACCAAAGACUCUUAAAAAUCUUUAUUAUUUACUACGGUACACUUAAAAAUAAAUGAAAAAAAUUAAAAAACACCAAGAGAAACAGAUUGAAGCAUUUUAUUCUUAGUUUGUGGGUUUUCUUAGGCAGCUUUUUCUCAUCUGGUACUGAUGAUGACCAGUUCUGAUAACAAAACAAACAAAUAGAUACAAUAUAAGGUUUAGUGUGACUAAUCCUUGAAACAGGGUGAAAAAUGUUUGAAUUUAUUGUGACAGAGUACAAGCAACCUUCCUCUGUUGUCUCUUCCUGUGCCUGGUGUUCAGGCUAAAAGAUUCCCCAGGGGCCUGAGCAUCUUUUAAAGGUUCCAGGAGAGACAAUAAUGGAUUGAAGGGGGAGAAGUAAUCUGUGCACUUUACAAGUUUAAUGGUACAGAUUUACAUCUAGAGAAAUUAUGUGCUUAAUGAUGUAUAAUGUUUGUUAAAUAAAACAACUAACAUAACAGUCAUAUUAUUAGAGUGACUGCAUUUGCUCAUCUCUAGAUUAACACAAAAUAUGUAAAAACCCGAGUUUAUAACAACUCAGACAUAAAGUCCACUAAAAAAAAUUGGUGUUUCAUAGUUUUCCAAAAGCAUUGCUGAAAUGUACCAUUUUAUUAUUUUUCUUGUGAACCGAUGAUAGUGUGAUGUUUCAUCCUAUUAGCUGGAUGAAUAAUCUUUUUAUAUUCAGAGAACACUUACCUUUAGACAUGUUUUCUAUAUGUAGAUUCUUUUUUAUUUAAUCAGAUCUUUUUAUUGGACCAACCAUCAUUAUAACCAUCCAGUUGCGUUAUAAUGAUGAUAGCAGGUUGUUUUGUCUUGAGCAGUUGGGACAAAUCUUCAGGAUUCUACAAAGUUAGUUGGUUCUGAGCACAUUUCUUGCCAAAAGCACACUAAACUUAAGCUAUGUAAAAUUCUGACA